UGCUGGAGAGUCGAUUUUGGACGGAAGUAGCUUCGUAGAACCGGAGAAACGAGAUGGGGUUGAAAUUAGAGGUGUUUCGGAUGUCGCUCUACCUUACUUUCCCCGUGGUGAUGUUCUGGAUCUCCAAUCAGGCAGAAUGGUUUGAGGACUAUGUUAUCCAGCGCAAGAGGGAGCUGUGGCCACGAGAGAAGGAGGAUCAGCGCCAAGAGCUAGAAGAAUUUAAGCAGAAGAUCCGAAAGCAGAGGGAAGAGAGACUUCUACAAGCUGCCCAGCAGAGCUCCUGACUCCUCCCUCAAGCUCUGAAGUUCC